AUGGCCACAGCGCCGUCACAGCACCGUCACAGCGCGCAGUCCGUCACAGUCACCCACAUGCACAGUCGUCGCCAACCGCCAUCAGCCACCCUGGUCGAGGCACAGGUCCAGGUCCGUGUCCGACAAGAGUUGGGUGACUGGCAAUUUCGACAAUGCAGGCGGAAAGCGUGGAGGGCAGCUGAGGCAAGGAUGGGGGGCAUGCGAGACAGUAAGAUGAUGAGAGGCGAGAUGCAUACUUCAUAG